AUGGGCCAAAACGACGGGUGUAAGUCGGACCGAUGUGGUUGCCAACUGAUAUCGAAGGGCGAAGAAAAGCCAGCGGUGGCCGCUCCUCGGCCACGAAACGUAUGUGGUGGACGCACCGAACAGCCCGAAAUGAGUAUAUGUGAUUUCUUAAAAUCGCAACCCACCCCAGAAUGGAUCAAAGGAAACGACUCGCGUCCGCAACGCGCGCACAAUCCGUGCGCUGAACCGAGCAAACCCGUCGAGAAGCAACAGAGUCCGUGCCAACAGGCGCCGGUCGCUAAGAACCGGAGUUGUUCUGACCGGCCGAAACCCCGCGUACAGGAAUCUUCACGGUCAUCGGAACAGGUCUGCGGGCCGCAGCGUUCUCAGCACCGUCACCGGAACGAGCAGCGUCCGAUGCAGCCCGCAGCUGACUGCGACCAGGAAGACCGUAAAAUGUCACAGAUAAUCAUCAACUUUGGGACGGUGGUGACCAGUGACAAGUGUAAACAGGACUCAAGUCAACAGAUGAAUGGGGACGUGCACAACGUUCCGAAAGAGAAAAAGCGACGAACGUGUAACACAACGGCCCUCCCGCCGGCAGACCGUUCGAACUGUACGUGUCCCCCAGUCGAUCGGUCGACCUCCACCUGUCCACCGGCCGAACGUUCGGUCUGCAGUGCACGCGCUCCAGCCAAUCGUUCGACGUCCAACUGCCCACCGACGGGUCAAUCAAGCUGCUCACGUGCCUCGUCCGAUCGUUCCACCUCCAACUGUCCACCGACGGAUCGAUCUACUUCCACCUGUCCACCUGCCGAACAUUCGGUCUGCGGUGCACGUGCCCCAGCCAAUCGUUCAACGUCUAACUGUCCACCGACGGAUCGAUCUACUUCCACCUGUCCACCUGCCGAACAUUCGGUCUGUGGUGCACGUGCCCCAGUUAAUCGUUCGACGUCUAACUGUCCACCGACGGAUCGUUCGAGCUGUCCACGUGCCCCGGCAGAUCGUUCCACCUCUCGUUGUCCAUCAACGGAUCGAUCGACCUCCACCUGUCCACCGGCCGAACGUUCGGUCUGCAGUGCACGCGCUCCAACCAAUCGUUCGACGUCCAACUGCCCAUCGACGGAUCAAUCGAGCUGUCCACGCGCCCCAACAGAUCGUUCCGCCUCCCGUUGUCCAUCGACGGAUCGAUCGACCUCCACCGGUCCACCGACUGAACAUUCAGCCUGCAGUGCACGCGCUCCAGCCAAUCGUUCGACGUCCAACUGCCCCGCAACAGAUUGCUCGAGCUGUCCAUGCGCCCCAGCCAAUCGUUCAACCUCCAACUGUCCACCAGUCGAUCGUCAAAAAUCUAUCCGUGAACCGGCCGAACGUUCAAACUACAACUAUCCACCAGCUGAUCGCUCGAGCUGUCCACGUGCCUCAGCCAAUCAUUCGACUUCCACUCGUCCACCGAUUGAUCGUUCAAGUUAUAGUCGUAGACCCGCCGAACAUUCAUCUCGUAAUAUACGGGCUUCAGGUUAUCGUUCGACCUCCACCGGUCCGCCAGCAGAUCAUUCGUCCUUUACACAACCGCAGGCGUCUUCGGCCUUUAUGCGUCCUGAUCGAUCGUCCACCACUUGUUCGCGGGCCGACCGAAACGAUCGUUCAUCCUUUGGACAUCCGCAGGCGUCUUCGACCUUUAUACGUCCUGAUCGAUCGGCCACCACUUGUCCGCAAGCCGAAUGGGCGACACCCACUUGUCCACCAGCCGAUCGGAACGAUCGCUCGACUUGUUCCCGCUCACCGGCCGAUUGGUCGAUAUCUACCAUUUCGCCGGGAGAUCGUUCAAACUCCGUCCGUCCACCGAACGCCCGUCCAGCUAACGCCCGUUCGUAUGCGAUGGAACCUAAUACUACGGGGCGGGACUCUUACAGUCGACAUCAGGAUAAUGCUGUCUCAAGUGCGCAAUAUAAAACGCAUUCUGAAACAGGAAUGAAGACAAACUCUUGUAGUUGCAAUAAUACUAACUCGAACUUCUAG